AUGGAACGACACUCGAUCUCAAAGAGCCUUGCCCACAGCCGCAAAAUGUCAUCCGUCCGCAUUCCCACAGGAACAGACGCUCGCCGGUACAGUUCGAGCGGGAAUCGAAGUACGCCCAGAGGCUGUCUGAAAGCGGAACAGUGCUCCGUCUCGGACAACAUACCACGCAACACACUUUGUUGCCAAGCCGGAACCACAAUCGUCUCGGUGAGUGGAAUCAUAGCGUUUGUCUUGCACACUUGCUCUGCUCGACUCGGUUUCCUCGUCAAGCGAAUGGUACCAUUGUCGCUUAAGUCGUCUUUUCGUCGUGGACGGCAUCAUGUGCCCCUCGGCCCGACGGAGGCCAAGCUGACAUUCGAUUGUCUUCAGUCCCAAACUGGCCGGACCCGAGUUAGGCUGGCGACUGCAUCGAAUUUCGAUGAUUGCCACAAUCGAUGCUCCGUAGAACUUGAUCACUCUUCACCCUCCGCCAAUCCGGGGCGCGACUAA